AUGAGUCUCGGUGAGCUGGAGAAGGAACUGACAGAAACAAAGAGCAUCCUGAACAAUGUCAGAGCCAGCCGCAGUGCGUUCUCUGCCGCUCAAACCGAUAACAAACAUAUUAACUGUUUUGGCCCCUUUACCUCCGACAAGCUCAUCACCUACCAACACGUCUUCAUCAACCUGGCUAAUGACUACAGCGUGGAUACCGUGUGUCGUGCGGAUCAGGCCUCGUGUGGCUGUUGUCUGAUGCAGAAGAUGAUGCAGAGGAUGGAGUCGUUCUUCAACAUGACCGUAGAAGAACUGAGCAAGAAUCUGAUGAACUCAAAGAUGGCCCUCGAUGAUAUGAGAGCCAGCCGCAGUGCCUUCUCCGUCUCUCUCCACGAUAACAAAAAUGACGACUGCUUCGGCCCGUUCACCGACGACAGGGUCAUCAGAUACCAGCACGUCUUCCUUAACCUGGGCGAUGGCUAUGACGCGCAGACCGGUACCUUCACCGCCCCCCGCUCUGGGGUCUACAGCCUCGCCGUCACCAUCUACUCCGAUGGCGUCAUUGGCCCCGGAGCCCACCUGGCAGUUAACAGCCAGGUGGUGGCUACACUCCAGGAGAAAAAAAGCCAGGACCUCGAUGACAGUGCCACUGCUGUUGUGUCGGUGAAACUGAAGGCUGGGGACAAGGUGGCGGUGAACCUGCCCAAAGGAUCUCUCAUCUGUGACCGUCAAAGCUACUUAAACACUUUCACGGGUUUCCUGCUUUAUCUCUGCUAA